UCCCCGAGGGUCACUUGUGUGUUUGUUAACGGUGUGACCCAGGGGGUGCCCGGGGAGCCCGAUGGGGCGGAAUACGUGUUCCCCAGUGAAGGGGGCAGGGAGGCGGCAGGGGGCAGGGCACUGGCUUUCACGCAGCUCUUCGUUUGACCAGCUCUGCUGUGGCCGCGGUGCCUUUACGGCUUAAUUGCGGUCUCUGGGACCCACCUUUGUUUUUAAAUAGGGAGAGGAAAAUGUCACUGAGUGCCACCAACGGUUGCUGAAGAAACACGAAACCCCACGAGACUCGGGCCCACAGAUGCCACACCUCUUCCCAGGGAACGCAAAGCCCCGCCCAGGUCGCGCACGACACCAUGAACGUGCCCCUCGUCUGUGACUACGGCUCAGGCUUCAGCAAGGUGGGCUUCUCGGGCAUGGAGGCCCCCCGGGCCGUGUUCCCCACCAUCCUCGGGAAACUUCGACAUGACAAUCUGUUGGUGGGGAUGGAAGGGGAAGACUGGUUCAUCGGCGACGAGGCUCAGAAAAGGCGACGGGAGCUUAACCUGCAGCGUCCUGUCUCGCGGGCGACCGUCGCGAACUGGGACAACAUGGAGAAGAUUUGGCAUCACUCCUUCUACCAGGUGCUCUGCAUCGCCCCCGAGCAGCAUCCUCUGAUGGUGACCGAGCCACCCUCAAACCCGAUGUCCAGCAAGGAGAAGAUGUCACAGAUCCUGUUUGAGACCUUCAACGUGCCCGCCCUGCACUUAGCCAACCAAGGAGUCCUGUCCCUCUAUGCCUCCGGCCAGACCUCCGGAACAACUAUUGAAUCUGGAGAAGGAAUGACAUACUUUGUGCCCAUCAUUGAUGGCUGUCCCCUGCAUCAGUCGACCAUCCAGAUGGACAUAGCGGGCCAAGACCUAACAUUGUACCUCCUGCAACUAUUGACAGACAGUGGGCACUCGCUGGUGAGCAGAGGUGACUGGGAGUACAUCCGGGACAUAAAAGAAAAAUGCUGCUACGUGGCUUCGGACUUCAAGAAGGAAAAAAUGGAAGCCAGCUCUCCUUCCUACGCGCGGAAGUUUCAGCUGCCCGACGGCCAGGAGAUCACCCUGGGGCCGGAGAAGUUCCUCUGCCCCGAAGGGCUUUUCCAGGCAGACCUCAUGGGGAGAAACAGCCUGGGCAUCCACAUGAAGGCCUUCCGGAGUGUCAGCUCCUGCAGCCCUGCCCUCUGGAAGAUUCUCUUCGGCCACAUGGUUCUGUCCGGCGGCACCGGCUGCUGUCCCGGCCUGCGCUUCCGGCUGCAGAGGGAAAUAGCCGCCCUGGUCUCCCCCACCAUCAACGUGAAGGUGUCCAGCUGCCCCUCUUCCAUACACAGCGCCUGGCUGGGCGGCUCCAUCCUGUGCUCGCUGUCCACCUUCAAGGACAUGUGGGUCACCAGCAAGGAGUACAAGGACAUCGGUGCCUCUAUCGUCAGGAGGAGAACCUUCUAAUUUGUGGCUUUGUGUAUCCCAUCACUUGCCCCAUCGAUGCCAAGCCCAGGCUGAGCCCCAGCUUGGUUGAACUGAUCAGAGCUCAGAACCAACUUGAACGUGGGGGGGCCCUUCCUCGCCAGACUUCCGUAGAAGUGGUCAAUAAAGGACAGACGCUCUCUGUCUGGGCAAGGCUUGCAACAUCUUGGGGCACUGACUCCGCUAACACAGGGUGGUGAAGGGGAGGGCAUUUCUGGGGACCCCCUGGAGACCGGUCAGCACAGCUAAGUGUGUGACAGUAAUGACUAUCC